AUGAACUGGAGAGAGAUGGAAUUCAAUUGGAUCCGAGCGAUAAUUCUGGUGAUUUUAAUAGGCUCUGAUACAGCCGUAUCUGUCUAUCAACGAUAUUUCGUCGAUAGGGUGGACAGGGUAUUUCGAAAUAAGAAAGAUAGGGGAGAUGUGAAAUUGAAGCUUUUCAUCGUUGUGUAUUUACUCGACAUCGGCUCAGUAAAAGGAAGUUUUCUAGUCAUGGGAUUGGGAGGAUGUCCUGGGAUGUCGCUUCAUAUUUAUGAACAAGUGAGGCAGGAAAGUAAGGUAAAGGCUCAGCAGUAA